CCAUCUUGUUUCGAAAAACCACGUGUUAAUAUUUCAUGUCCGCAUUUUUCUCUGGAGUAAAAAUGAAUCAAAUUCAGCCAGAUUACAAUGCCGUGUCGCUACAAAAAGUCGACUUAAAGCAUUUGGAUCCGCACGUUACCAAUGUGCUGAUAGUGGGCAUAAUAAUCGGCAAAAAUCGACCGAAAAUCUUGGAAACUCAACAGCGAGGUCCCGAUACCGGGGGCCAGCGAGCCGUUUGGAACUUCACCAUUCGAGAUUCGGUGCCCCAUUACAUCAAUGUGGCUUAUUGGGGCAAUCCCGAACAGAUUUUCCAGGCGAACGAUAAGUUUUCCACCGGAGAUGUCGUGGAAAUUAUUAACCCGCAAGUCCAAAUAAGAAAACUGGACGAUAAAUUUGAACAGUGGCACCCGAUGGUUACCUCGCCCUACAAAUUAACUCUGUCCGAUAAAUCUGCCAUUGUGAACCAUCACAAUCCGGAACCUUUCCUACGCCUGUUGCAUUGCCCCACUAAGCCAACAGCAAUGUUUGUCCCUAUCCACGAUAUCCAUAAUAGAGGCGGAUCGAUUGAAUUUGCUGAUAUUCUGGGAGCAGUGAAAGGCGUGAAUCAAAUAAGAAGCAUAAAAUCAAGAACUGGCGAAAUGUUGCAGGUUCGGGAAAUUGAACUAUUCGAUCACACUGCUCCUACUCUAAAAGUCAGUCUCUGGGAGCCAGAUUUAAUCAAUCGCUCCAAUUCUUGGAAACCCAGAAGCACUAUUCUAUUUAUGACCGAUCUAAAAAUCGACUGGUCGAAUUUUGGUCGCGCUUACAUGGGAAAAGCAACUACUCGUACUAUUGUUACUGAAAAUCCGGCCAGUAAAGAAGCUAAAGCGCUUUUCGAAUAUGCUCAGAAUGCGCCAAUAGAGACUUUUGAUCUAAUCGAGCAGAUGGUAACUUCUAUUCCGAGCAGCAGUAGUUCCAUAGAUGAGAUCAUGAGUAUAAGACAAGUUCAUGAUCGCAUUAAUAGUUGCAACGAAAUCAAAGAGGGAGGGAAAAAGUCUUUUACGGUUAUUUUGUACGCGUUUGUUACCAAGUUGGAUUUGGAUGGGUUGUCUCCGAUACUCAUUGUUAAAUGUGGUCAUUGUAAAAUGCCAAUCAAAAAUGUCCGAUGCGAAAAUUCUGAAUGUCCGGUUGUUUUCGAAAACGAAACGGUUGAACCGGACAUGGCGUUCGACAUCAGAGUUUCUUUUUCCGAUCAUACCGGAACUUUGACUAAUUGCCGUUUAACCGGACAAGCUGCGGAAAAUGCUUUGGGUUAUAUUGUCAAAGAUUUCCGCUCAAUGCCCGACGACGAAAAAGCUUCCUUGAAAUGGAAAUAUCUUUUGGAACAAUGCAAAGUUCGCUUGGCUAUUAUUUUCUCUAUAAGCCAAUAUCCUAUUAUCUCAGUUCUAGAAAUUGCUAGGGCUAACCCUAUCGAAGUUGCCAGUAAACUGCCAGUUUAUUGAAAUAUUUACUAAUUAAUACCUAAAUGGUACCUAGUUGUUUUUAAAAUUUAAGGUUUUUGUUAAUUGUUAUUCGUUUUCCAUUUUUCUGUUGUUAAUCAUUAAUAAUUGUUAUUAGUUUCAUUGUGUAGCUUUGGAAAAAUUAGAUUAAUAAACUUUCAUUUUUUCAUGA